AUGUUCCUCGACACCUUCGCUGCAAGCCGGCUUCUCAAGUUCCUCACUCACCGGCUCGACCCACCGGAUCUCCCCCGCGCCACCAAGCUCUUCUCCCAAAUCCGCCACCCCGAUCUCUUCUCCUACAACCUCCUCUUGCAGGCCUUUUGCCGGAGUUUAUUUCCCCUCCGCUCGUUCAUCUUCUAUCGGGACCUUCUCCGGCGAGGCCUCCGCCCCAACGGCUACACCCUCUGCUUCCUCCUCGGCUGCUGCUCGGCGGCGGCGGCUCUCCGAGAAGGCCGGCAAGUUCACGGCCACUUCGCCAAGAUGGGUCUCCUCCGCCGGUGCCUCUACGCCACCACCGCUCUCGUCCAGUUCUACGGCGACUCCGGCGACCCAGAUAUUGCUCGGAAGAUGUUCGACGAAAUGAAUAGUAGAAGCGAGAUCUCUUGGGGGGUCCUGGUCAUGGCAUACGCUGAAAGGGGCCGUCUUGAUGACGCCCUCAAGGUUUUGGAGGAGAUGACGAAGCUGGGAAUCCAACCCUGCAACUCCACCAUCGUCUUCAUCCUCUGCGCAUGCGCCAAGCUCGGGGAGCUCUUCCUGGGGAAGAUGGUGCAUGGUUUCCUGACAGUGAGGGGCCUGGAGCUGAACAUCACCCUCGGAACGAGUCUCGUCGGAAUGUACGCCAAGUGCGGUGCCAUCGCCGCCGCCGACGAGGUCUUCUCCGCCAUGCCGGCAAAGAGCGUUGGUUCGUGGAACUGCAUGAUCCACGGUCUCGCAGUGAACGGCGGCGGCGGCGCCGCCAUCCGCCUCUUCGAGGAGAUGCAGAGGUUGAACAUCCCUCCCGACGGAGCGACCUUCCUCGGCAUCCUCACCGCCUGCCGCCACUCCGGCGAUGUCGCCGGCGGCAGCGAAUUCUUCUCCCAGAUGAUCGAAGAGCACCGCAUACUGCCGAGCUUGAAGCACUACGGGUGCAUGGUCGACCUCUACGGCCGCGCCGGCAAUGUCGGAGAAGCUCUCGCCGUCGUCCGCUCGAUGCCCAUGGAACCAGAUGCGGCUAUCUGGGGAGCUCUGCUGAGCUCGUGCAGGGCGGCGGGGGACUGGUUGCUCGGCGAGGUGGUGGCGGCGCGGCUGGUGAAGAUCUUGCCCCGUGAGGCCUCCGGGUAUCUGUUCCUGUCGGAGGUUUUUGCGUCGUCGAUGAGGUGGGACGCCGCCGCCGAGGUGAGGAAGGCGAUGGCGGAGAUGGGCACGAGGAAGGCGGCGGCCGGUUGGAGCUCCAUGGUCCUCUGA